GACUUUUCGACCCAUCACACGGCCUCUGCGCGCUUCAUCGUCCGCCCGUUUCCUCGAGGCCGCCGUGACCCCCGAUAAGCACCUCGUACGGAUAAAGACCAAGGCGCCAUCAUAACAAGCUUGUCCCCUCCUGACGCGCCGCGGCAUUGCCAGCCCAGCCCAGCUUCAUAGCCCAGUUUCCAGACUGGACUUGGGGUCAUUUUAAUUAGCGCAUAGCUUGGGACAUUCGCCGCAGCUCGUCGAUCGCUGAGAGGCGAGAUCAGCAAGCCACAACCACGUUGCGUGGCUCAUCUUCUCGAGGCCUGGGCAAGCUUGGCCACUGGUUCCAGACGUCAACGGACGAAUCGGCAUCGCUCUAGAACAUUCGGUCAGGGUACUGCAACUCUUGACAAGGACUGCCAUAUCCGCGAGCAGCGUCGAAAUUGAGACGCGGUGCACUCGAAAUGUCGAAGCUUUUCAUAGGCGGCCUAGCAUGGCACACCGAAGAGGCCACUCUGCGCCAAAAGUUUGAGGAGUUUGGCGCGGUUGAGGAAGCGGUGGUCGUCAAGGAUCGAGAUACCGGCCGCAGCCGUGGCUUCGGUUUUGUGCGAUACGUGCAAGAAGCUGAUGCCCAAGCUGCCAUCGCCGCCAUGAACAAUGUCGAAUUUGACGGGCGAACUAUUCGUGUUGAUAAGGCAUCCGAUAAUGGUUCCCGUGGUGAAAGGUUCUUCAAUCGCAAUGGCGGAAUGCCGUAUGGAGGCCGGGCUGGUUACGGAACACCACCUGGAUCCUACGGCAACGCAGCACCCCCUGGAUACGGCGCGGCUCCCAACAUGUACCCACCGGCUCCGUAUGGCCGUGGUUUCCCACAGCAGCAGCCGCAGUAUGGCAUGCCUCCGCAAGGUACUUGA